GUUCCAGUACAAAAUCAAAGUUAGCGUACCACCGCGGCGUCUGCAGUCAAGAAAAACCUCAAUGUGACUGUUGCGGGAAAGUGUUUGCCAACAAAAUGACGCUGAAAUACCAUCUCAACCGCAUGCAGCCGCAGAGUGGGGAUGUUAAGCCGAAGCCGAAACUGUACAUACCGUGCAAAGGAUGUGAUAAAGUCUUCCAUACGAAGAAGAGCUAUAGAGCGCAUGCUGUCAUCCACGAGGGCCACUCCUAUCCUUGCCCAAUUUGCGGCAAACUGUUUCAAUGGAAGCGCAACCUAGCUCGACACACUCGCAACCACCGCGAGCGUGAUGCUGGCAACACUCACGCCUGCCGCGCUUGCAACAAGACAUUCGCCAGCCGCGACUGUUACAACAAUCAUAUGCGGCUCAGCAAGAAGCACGUCUGCGCUGAUACCUUCCAACACGAGUGUAACUAUUGUGGUAAGAAAUUUGCCACAAAAUGGUGUCUGACCGACCACAUAGAUUGGGAUCAUUUGAAGAUUAUCAAGUACCAGUGCAGCGUAUGUUUUAAGGCGUUUAAAACGGCUAAGAUAUUAGUAGUUCAUGUCAAUAACAUACAUGAAGGCAAGAAGAAAGAAGAGGAAGGAGAACAUUUGUGUGAAAUAUGCGGAAAAUCCUACAAGACGGUGAAACGCCUAAAAGGUCACGUAUGGUCGAUGCACACGAACCGGCCAAACAGCAAAGUGUACAAGUGUAAGCUCUGUCCGGCCACCUUCAUGUGGCAGACCAGCAUCUACAAGCAUACUAAGAUGAUGCACGACAAUAAGAAGAUCAAGCCGCCGCGACCUCCCCCAGUCAAGAAGGAAGAGCCCUACCCGGGAAUCGAACUCGCGAAUCGCAUGCAGUACUUCCAACAAGCAAUUCCUGGAAAUCUUAAUAUAGUGCAUUUACAACCAAUUGGAAUAGCUCAGAAUAUCGUGUGAAAAUUAGUGUGUUUAUAGCUAUUAAUAUUCAGUCGUGGUGGCCUAGUGGGUAAAGAAUCAACCUCUCCAGGUCAGGCAAGUACCAAUGCAACUUUUCUAAGUUUGUAUGUACUUUUCAAGUAUAUCUUGGACAUCAAUGACUGAUAAAAAGGUGACGGAAAACAUCUUGAGGAAACCUUUUUUUUAACGAUGUAAAAAGUCGUCAAAUGACGCCUCCCGCUGUGGGUUAGCAGCGGUGAGGGAGUGUCAGACUCUUACUGACUAAAAACCGUCGUGUUCCGUCGUAGGCCUUUUAUGUACCAGGGCCGCGGUAAAUCGCGCGAACAACCCGCAGUGUAGAGGUAUACGAUAUUUAAUUUAAAGUUAUCGGCACGGAUAUUGAGCCCUGACCUUCACCUGCGCAGAAGCUAUUUAUUGGUUUUUUGCCUUAUGUGUACAGUGCGCAAAGCGAUCCCCACUCUUCCGCCGAGAGCUCAAUAUCCGUGCCGGUAACUAUACUGUCGUAUUGUCAUCAACUAUUGGUAUUUAUGUAAUAUCAAAAAUAUACUUACACGGGAUGGUAAAGUGAGCUCCUAGGGUUAAAUAGCAUAAUAAACUAAAUGUAUUGAAAAAUUGCCAUAUUAUAUACUUAUGUUUUAGAUAUAAUUUAAUGUUUAAGUCAUAUUUUAUACAAAAAUAAUGAAGUAAAUAAUUUUACAACGA